UCUUUUUUAAAUAUGCCUGUGUAUUGACGACAAGACAUCGGGGGAACCCAUUUUUAAUCUGAUGAGGAAUAAACAAAAAGCUUUGGUUACCAAAGCCACUGAUACAUGCACUCUGGGUAUGACAAAUAUAUAAUAAAUCAGCAAACAUUAAACUUGUUUUGACAUCCUUAUGUAGAAUAUAAAAUGUUUAGUCAUCAUGAAUCACCCUUGCUUAAAAGACGAAGACGGGAUCGUGGUAGAAAGAGCCAUCUACCUAAACAACGAGCGGCAGUGAAUAUGUUUGAUGAGCUGAUGGCGGAAUUGGAUUACUCAUAUGACACACUCGCUACUAUUAACGUCAUCUUUGACAGCUUGAGAUUUACUUAUGCUACCAGUAAAAAUGAUAUUGAUCGAUUAAAGAACAAUACCAUCUUGGGCGAUAUGGAAAAGGAAUUAUUGAUCGCCUAUGAUGAUCUAACGCUUCAAAUCAAUCAUCUGGAGAAAAACAUUUGUAAAAUCGAAAAAAAGAUGCUUAAACUGAAGGAUGAUGAACUCUUUUCUUCUCAUAAACAUACCCUUUGGUAUUCAAUACCUUAAAUCCCUUUU